AAUUCAGAAAGUUGUCCGUCCAUGUUAAGAUAUUCUUGCUUUAGAGACUAUUUGUCUUGAUUUUUAAAAUAGCUGAGCCAUGAUUAAACUAUUUUCGCUUAAACAACAGAAAAAAGAAGGCGAAGGCUCGAAGAGUGGAACAAAAAGGGCCUCAGCAGCACAGUUAAGGCUACAGAAAGAUAUCAGCGAACUUUGUUUACCCAGAACAUGUCAGACAGAAUUCCCAGACCCUGAUGAUCUUCUAAAUUUCAAGUUAAAUAUUUCACCAGAUGAGGGUUUCUACCGAUAUGGAAGAUUUGUAUUUAGUUUUAAGGUUGGACCUGGAUAUCCUCAUGAUGCUCCAAAAGUGAAAUGUGAAACAAAGGUUUACCAUCCCAAUAUUGACCUGGAAGGAAACAUCUGUUUAAAUAUUUUAAGAGAAGACUGGAAACCUGUGUUGACCAUUAACUCCAUAAUCUACGGAUUACAAUAUCUUUUCUUGGAACCAAACCCUGAUGAUCCUUUAAACAAAGAAGCAGCAGAGGUACUGCGAACAAAUCGACGACUCUUCGAACAAAAUGUCCAAAAAGCAAUGAGAGGGGGUUACGUAGGAAGCGUGUAUUUCGAACGAUGUCUAGUGAAAUAGUAUCAUUAAAACAACCAAAUAAAAUAACAAAAAAAUAAUUUGGCAGAAAUGUAUUUAAAAACCAAGCAAUGUAUUUAGGAUGGCACUAACAAGGACGGACAGACUAAAAGUAUUAGUAGAGUUCUAGACCAGCAACUUAACCAUGAAUAAUAUGAUUGUUACGAUAUUUUUAUUACAAUACUUGUGAUGUCUUGUAAAUACACAACUGUACUUUUCAGAUUAGGGAAAAACAAAGCUUCAUUUACAUCUCAAA